AUGAAAAAGCGUGACAAUAAUUCAUCACUCGAGAUGUUAGCAGGUGCAAAAUCAAUGGGUGCUAGAGCUGCUACAAUUGCUUUAGCGAGCGAUGCUAUUAGUAUACGAAACGUCUUUAGUUUCUCGAUUCAUUCCGUGGCGCGAAAUCCAUUAUUGGUUAAACAAUCAUUUGGUUAUGCCAUUUUGGGCUUUGCUCUAACCAAAGCUAUUGCAUUGUUUGCCCUAAUAAUGGCCCUUCUCUUUUUUUCUUUUUUUAUCUUAUUUGUAUUCUGA